AUGAAUCCUGAAAAGAUCGCAUGGGGUGAGAAGCAUGUUCAGUACGUGGUUGAGUCAACGGGAGCGUUUACAACUCUCGAGACAGCGUCGUCUCAUUUGAAGAAUGGUGUCGAGAAAGUGGUCAUUUCGGCUCCGUCAAGCGAUGCUCCUAUGUUUGUAAUGGGUGUGAACCAUGAAUUAUACGAAAAGAACAUGCAUGUGGUAUCGAAUGCCUCGUGUACGACGAACUGUCUGGCUCCUUUGGCCAAAGUGGUGAAUGAUAAAUUUGGUAUUAAGGAAGGUCUGAUGACGACUGUGCAUGCUGUGACUGCUACUCAAAAGACCGUGGACAGUCCAUCAAAAAAAGACUGGCGAGGUGGUCGUGGUGCUUGCUUUAAUAUCAUUCCGAGCUCAACUGGUGCUGCCAAGGCUGUAGGCAAGUGGAUCUAA